AUGCCGACCCUCACCGAUGCUGAGCUCGACGAGCUGUGGACGCAGAAUGCCACGCCGCCAGUCGCCGUCUCAACGCCCAUCCAGGAGCUCAUCGCCCAGCGGGCCGACGUGCAGAGGGACAUGCCCUGCGUCGUGUCCUGGGACGGAUCGUACAAUUACGAGCAGCUGGUGCAGAGGGCGUCGAACCUAGCAGACCACCUGGAUCGAAAGGUCUGCCGGAAGCACGGCCAGGUGCUGCCCAUCUUGAUGUACAAGUCCAGCUGGAUGCCCGUAGCCAUGAUGGGAGCGUUGAUGGGAGGCUGGGGGACAGUUCCUCUGGACGCCAAUCUGUCGGCAGCCAAGCUGGCGGAAAUACUAGAACGACUGAAGCCGCCUUGUAUCCUGACACUGUCCGACAUUGAGAUCUCGGUCAAUGUGGAGAUCCCAAGACUUGUGGUUGAUCGGCUCGGACUCCUCGACUGGCCCAGCAAGCCAAGACCACGGACAGCGAAAUCGACCACCAACAUUACCGCAGUGGUCUUCACCUCAGCAAGCACCGGGGCCUCCAAGGCCGUGACGCUCGACUCGCAAUGCGUCUCGACCGCGGCCGUCUACGGCUCGCAGAUCUUGCAACUGGCCAGCUCGUCGCGCGUCUUCCAAUUCUCGUCCUAUUCUUUCGACAUCAGCCUACACGAGAUGUUCAUGACUUUAGUGGCCGGCGGCUGUCUCUGCAUCCCCUCGGAGGCGGAACGGCUCAACAACCCAAUCGCGGCGAUGAACGCCAUGGGCGCCAACUUCAUCUGCACCACCCCGUCCGUUAUGAUGAGCGUCUUCGCCGAUGCCAUCCCCUCCUCGUCCAUCGCGACCAUUGUGCUCACUGGCGAGCCGCUAGCCUCGCGCAUCACGCCGCUGUUCGACACCCCGGCGCGGCUGUUUAGCUGGUACGGCGCCUCCGAGUGCCCCGUCGUAUCUCUCGGCCCGCUGCGGCGGGAGACGUGGGCGCCGUCGCAGAUAGGCUCCCGCCGUCCCGGCAACUGCUGGGUGCAGAGCACAGACGAUCCGACCAUCCUUUGCAGAUUCGGCGAGGUUGGCGAGCUCUUGGUAGAGAGCGCGAUGCUGACCUCUGGAUACCUGGGCAUGGAACGCAGAACCGAGGAAGCCUUCAGCGUGGACCCGGCAUGGCUAUGCCGCGGGAGUGGACGGGUUGCCGGUCGUCGGGGCAGGCUGUACAGGACUGGCGACCUCGUGAGGAACAACCGCGACGGGACGCUCGACUUUGUUGGGCGCAGGGACAGCGUGGUCAAGAUCUGCGGCCAGCGCGUUGACACGCAUCUCGUCGAGCAGUCUGUCUGGGACGUUUUGCGCGAAACGCACACGGCCUCCGAGGUGGGAGCCGUCGACCUGGUGGUAGAGGCAAUCGACGUCAAGGGCGACCUGAGCGUGGCCUGCUUCGCCGUCGUCGGCGACGGGGUAGUCUCCAAAAACGAGCAUGCCCCAUUACUCAAGGGCUUGGUCAAGCCGGAUGCGCCGCCGGUUGAGAUUCGCGAGCCCAGCCCGCCACUGCAGCGCAUCCAGUCCGAGGUGGACGCCGCGCUGCGGGAAAAGCUGCCCGCGCACAUGGUGCCGACACUGUACCUGCAGCUCUCGCGCAUGCCCUUCACCGUGAACGGCAAGAUUGACCGACAACGCCUGCGAGCCCUGUCCUCGGAGAUUGCCGCGGAGAGGCUCUCCGCGUUUCGCGCCAUAGUCGGUCGCGCCGUCGACGCCGCCGCGCCGCAGAACAAGUCCGAGGUUGCCGUGCAGCGGCUCUGGCAAAGCCUUCUCGGGAUCGAGGUCGGCAAGCUCGCCGUCACAUCGAGCUUCCUAGAAUGCGGCGGGAACUCGCUCCUUGCCAUGAAACUCGCCAAGGCGCUGGUGAAGGAGUUUGGGGUGUCGGUCGCGGUGCCGCGGCUGCUGCGACGAGAGGCAACGAUUCGAUUCAUUGCCGAAUUGAUGCAGCGACCGCUAUCGGAUCGGCAUCAUACCAUGCAUCGCAUAGACACGGCCUCGGUACUGGAGACGUGGAUCGGUAAGCUGAAGACGUGCGUCCCGACCGGCUGCGUUGACCGGUCGGGGAGACACGGCGGCCGGCGCGUGCUGCUCACCGGAGCGACGGGGUAUCUCGGGACGCAUAUCCUGAAGGAGCUCCUCGGCAACGACUCCGUGACCAAUAUCCUUAUCAUAGCGAGAGAUCCGGACACGGCGGCUGCGAAGCUGCGGUUGCGUGAGGUUGCCAGAACGGCUGGGUGGUGGCAGGACGAUGCGUUCGACCGCAUCACGGUCUGGGCAGGGGACUUGGCCAAGCCCGGGCUCGGUCUCGACGAGCAUCAGUGGAGGCAAGUCUCCCAAGUCGAUGCCGUCAUCCACAACGGGGCGGUUGUCAACUACAGCGCCGAGUACGACAUCCUGGAGGCGGUCAACGUCCAGUCGACCUUUCAGCUGCUUGAGGUCGCUCUGCAUUCUCCAUCCAUUCAGUCCUUCGUGUAUGUGUCAGGUGGUCCAAAGAAACUAGCCAAUCACUCAGAGGCGCAGUUUUUGAGAUUGCUGGACGAUGCCGAGGGGUAUAGCCAGUCCAAGUACGUGGCUGAACAGUUGACUCUAGCUGCGGGCCGGCUGCAACUUCAGUCUGUCGAGAACCACACGAGCAGAUUCCCUGCGUUUGACAUGGGCGAGCAAGGAUGCAGCUUCUCCGUUGUGAAGCCAGGGUACAUAAUCGGCGACCAGACUUCCGGCAUCUCAAACACGGACGACUUCAUCUGGAAGCUGGUCGCCGGGGCAAGUCGCAUGGGGUCGUACCCAUCCGAUCCCGCGGAUUCGUGGCUGGACGUGGCAGAGGUCGACUAUGUGGCACGGCGUGUCGUUCUCCGCGCCAAUCCGCCAGAGCGCACCAGUUGCCCAGGGCGUGUCAACGGGGUAGGCGCCGACCGGGCUCACAGCAGCGAGGCUCGCAGCGGUCCGACACACGAAGACAUAGAUCGCGGCCUCACGGUAGAGCGGUUCUGGCAUGCCGUGCAGGCGCAGACUGGGCAGUCUCUGGAGCCGAGAGAACGGAGUCUGUGGUUGGCGCAGGCGCACGCAAAGAUCGAGGAUGACGAUGACGGUCACCCUCUAUCCAGCAUCAUGCCGUAUCUGGGGACGAGUCUCGGCAGCUGCUCCGACGGCGAGGGCAAGGCGGGCGUCCAAACCCACGUCUCCCCUCUUGACGGCCCGGGUGAGGUAGAUGCAGCGGUGCGACGCAGCGUCCAGUACCUUUGCGGCAUUGGCUUCAUAUCACUCACGGACAAGGUAGGCAUGGAGGGCACGUCUCGGGUAAAUGGCAAUGGGUUGUGCGAGCAGGACAGGGACGGUUGCAGGCAGACGCUGAAGAGUGGCAUGGUCAACGGGAAUGGUUGGAGAGUGCCGCAUCGCCUGGCCAUCGGCAGGUCCAAGCUAAGAAUCUAG